CCAUCGUAGCAAAGCAAAUUUCGUUGGAAGCGCAACUCUCAAAAAAUGAACCGGAAUUAAAACGGUUUACAGAUAGGUUGGCUUUUACGAUGGAAGGAGUGCGAGAUGAUGCGAUUCUUUUCACUUUCACUUGUAUCUAUGAGAAUGAUCCAUCACAACCAUGUUCAUUCACUCUUGAUGUCGGAGAAACAAUUUACACAGUACUCGAAUGUAAUCCACCUCUAGAUCAGAUAGAAGAGUUAGUGACGCUAUUAAAUGAAUCACGUGACUUUUAUACUUUUGUGAAAAGAAUGAGACAGGCUUUCC